UGCAGUGCGGGGCGGCGGCGGGCGGCGCGCGGGGCGGAGCGGGGGCGCGCACAGGAGCUGCGGCGCGAGCGGCGGCGGGCGCGCACCGAGGCGGCGCCGCGUGUCCCUCCGGCCCCAGCAGCGCGCGGGACCCCGGGCCCUGCGCCCUCCUCCGCACAGCGGACAGACCCCCGCCCGCAGCAAAAUGGGGAAACAAAACAGUAAGCUGGCCCCUGAGGUGAUGGAGGAUCUGGUGAAGAGCACGGAGUUCAAUGAACACGAGCUAAAACAGUGGUACAAAGGGUUUCUAAAGGACUGUCCAAGUGGUAGACUGAACCUUGAGGAGUUUCAGCAGCUCUACGUAAAAUUCUUUCCAUAUGGAGAUGCUUCUAAGUUUGCCCAGCACGCCUUCCGAACCUUUGAUAAAAACGGAGAUGGGACCAUCGACUUCAGAGAGUUCAUUUGUGCCCUGUCCAUCACCUCACGAGGCAGUUUUGAGCAAAAGCUGAACUGGGCCUUCAACAUGUACGACUUGGAUGGUGAUGGUAAAAUUACAAGAGUGGAAAUGCUGGAAAUUAUAGAGGCCAUCUACAAAAUGGUGGGCACUGUGAUAAUGAUGAAAAUGAAUGAGGAUGGUCUGACGCCUGAGCAACGGGUAGACAAGAUCUUCAGUAAGAUGGAUAAGAACAAAGACGAUCAGAUCACACUGGAUGAGUUCAAAGAAGCUGCAAAGAGUGAUCCGUCCAUUGUAUUACUCCUGCAGUGUGACAUUCAAAAAUGAGCUUGUGUACGACGCGUCAUAGACUGCACAGAAGUUUAAUGUUCCAUUCAGUUUGCAGCUAUUUCCACACACACAAAAAUUUGCUUGGACUACCUAUAAAUGGACUUGCUUCUUGUGUUUGAAACACUUGUGUGCAUGAGAAUGUCAUUUGCUAAAGAAUUUUAAAAGUAUAUAUUAUAAAAAUAAACUGCCACAACGUGAUGUGUGCAAUGUCAUUUCAUAACAACCCUCUUCCUCUGAAUCCUGUGCAGCAGGCCUGUGCUGCAGUGAAUUAUAUUAUUUAUUGUUCAUGUUUUACUGAUGCUAGCUCUGUGUCUCCUAGACUGAGUAAUGUUAGUGACACUGAAUUCCCAUGGUAAUGUUAACUGUUUAUUAUAAAUCAUGUCACCAUUCUGCUGUAAAGUAGUACUGGACAGACAGAAGGGAAGAGCUUCUCAGCUCCCAAGUCUGAUCCACACGUGCUUGUAUUGUCAGUGGAUAUAAAUGUACUUCAUUUGCAUGCCUUUUAGGUUUGCCUUAAUUCUUACCUCAUUUGCAUCCCUUCAAUCUGGAAAGAGCUAUGUCAGAGGAAUGCAGUAUAUUAAAAAAAAAAAAGAAAAUCCUGCUAAAAUUAACCCUUUAAUUAAGAAUAUAUAUAAAUAUAUAUAUAUAUAAUGUUUAAAAUAUUGUUUUAUUGCAAGUUUAAAGGUUUUAUUGGAAGUGUAUUGAUCUUUGCCAGAAUUUUCAAAAGCUUCCACAGAGGUUGCAAUAUAUAUGUCCCAAAAUAAAUUUAUAACAUUUGACCUUUUCCCCUAAUUCUUAUUUCAUGUCUUCAGCAUGGUAAUAAAAAAAGAAAAAGUUCAA